UCCGGGACGGUUCCGGGGAGUCGCCGCCAUGUUCCUGUCCGUGGUCGCCCUUGCCAAGAGCAAGUCAAAAGUCAUUCUGGUGAGAAUGUUAAGUGAAGCUGGCACUGGUUACUCCUUCAACACUAAGAGAAGCCGAUUAAAGGACAAGCUGACUCUGCUGCAUUAUGAUCCCUUCGUGAAGAAAAAAGUCCUUUUUGUGGAACAGAAAAAAAUACGCUCCCUCUAAACAAUGGGAUUGAAAAUGAAUUUGACUUAAA